GGCAGGCGGCGCUGGCCAAUGGGAGGGAGGGGUUCGUUGCUCCUGCCGGGCGGGGGUCGCGCGCGACUUCGGUUCAGCGUAGCGAUGUCUUCCCCUGAAAUCGCUUCCCUUUCUUGGGGUCAGAUGAAGGUGAAGGGCUGCUCCACGACCUACAAGGACUGCAAAGUAUGGCCGGGAGGAAGUCGGACCUGGGACUGGCGAGAAACGGGGACGAACCAUUCUCCGGGAGUGCAGCCGGCUGACCUUGAAGAAGUUGUCAAGAAGGGUGCGCAAACCGUCGUGAUCGGCCGUGGCAUGAGCGAGGCUCUGCAGGUUCCAUCGUCUACCGUGGACUAUCUUAAGAAAAACGGGAUUGAGGUGGUGGUCUUGCAAACAGAGAAGGCUGUGGAAGAAUACAACGCCCUGGCUGCUCGGGGUGUCAAGGUGGGGGGCGUCUUCCAUUCGACGUGCUGAAGCACCGCGGGCUCAGAGCCUGCCCUGACCUCAGCCAAGUCACGGGCAGGCCUCCCGGCUGCGUCAGGUUACAGCCAGCAGUGGGGAUUUACAUGCCAAAGCAUUAAUGUACGCUGGAAAUCUGGAGUGCAAGGAGAGUUUAUGAGCUCAGGAUUUAAACAAACUGAGUGCUCACAAAGGGGGGUUGUUAAUGAAUUCAUUUAAUUACAGAACUGUUUGAAUACGUUCUGGAGAUUGACCUAAUCUUUUGAAGACUGACCGUAUUCUGGUCGCUUUUCACCUUUGGGCUAAAUUAAGUUAUUAAGUUGUGAAUACUUUUAUUAGGAAAUGGCCCAGGAUUACAUGAUUAGCUACUGCAACAUAGUCAUAAAAUACCUGAUGAGUACAAUCAAGUGGUGAUAGAGGAUCACGUUAUGAAUCAGAUAAAAUAAACAAAAAUAAAAGAGGUGACCCCAGUACAACUCUGCCUCCUGCUGGUGACUUCUGUCAGGGUAUUGGUCGUGCAGAGCUGUGAUGAAUGAAGACUGUAUAACUGUAUUUUUAAAUUUUACUUAGAACCUAGUAAAAAAAGAAGUCUACAGGGGCUAAGCGUAAAGUCUGUGCCUUAAAGAAUUUUCCCAUUACCAGCAUUGUGCGUACUGAGCUGUGAAAUAUUUAUCUUGCAAGCAUUAAAGAAGUCCCUACUUGCUAAAAUGAUCCAAAAACUCUGUCUCAGAGCUAGCUUGCAGCAGAAAAAGGGGGUCUGUAGGAAUUCAAUCUAAAUUGCUGUCAGCAGGUGUUGCCAGCAAGCAUGGGGUGGAAGUUAGGGUUCUUACUGAGCAUCGUGUCUCCUACUUGCACAUCACGACAACAAGCACUAUUACAGUGAAAGGAUUAAAAGUUCUUUUAGUUGCUGUUC